AUGCCGGAGUUGUGCGAUGAGCGUCUUGACGAACUCUUGAAACAAGCGGCCAGUCGGCUACUGACGAAGAAGUCGUCACAGCCGAAGGAUUACAGCUUGAUCGCGGUCGCUUCAACCGAGCCAACCGCGGAGCACCAGGGCCAGCCAACGGUACGAGACCAGAAGAGCCUCGCGCUUCGCGAUCCUAGGCCGACAGAAGAGAAGAAUCUUGACAACGCUGGCCCUCGCUGGUUUGGCAUCCCUAAGACGGACCCCAAUGAUCCAGAACUCAAGCGGGAUUUACAAAUCCUGCAUAUGAGAGGGACUGCCAUUGACCCGAAGCGACACUACAAGAAAGAGUCUCUGAAGGCCAAAGUGCCUCGUUAUGCUCACAUUGGACGUAUCGUCGAAGGGCCGACCGAGUUUUACAGCGCACGCCUGACUCGCAAGGAGAGAAAGCAGACACUGGUAGAUGAAUUGUUGAGUGCUGAAAAGGCCUCUGGCAAGUUCAGGUCUAAGUACGAGGGCAUCCAGCAGAAGAAAGCGAGCGGCAAGAAGGCCUUCUACAAGAAACUGGUAGAACAACGUCGCCGUGGCAGACGCGACCAAAAUGCGCGUAACAUCGCUAUUGCGGCCAACAACCCGCUUUCUGGCGCGGUCAACACCACGGGUGCGUUCCCAUCUUUAUCACUAAGUGCCGUCGUCCAGCGACAGCCGUUAACGCGAUUUCUUGCCACUGGAGCACCCAUCGCCGAAAAGAGCAUUGACACGCCCAUCGACCAGAUUCCCUCUGCAGAAGCUCGCGAAAGAGUGUCAACUACUAGAAAGGCCCUCCCCAAUCCCCAACAAGGGAAGUCACCGAAAUUGCGAUUCCCACGAAGUGUUCAGGCUCUCUAUCUUCAGCCCUUGAGGUGCGAAGCUGAAUACGGCAUUCCCUCAUGCGACCUGCAGCUACGUUCUUUCAGCAUAAGAAACCUCGAAUUUUUCGUCGAUUUCGCCCUUCGCGCAGCAUACUAUCUCAAGCUUCCAGCUUUUGGUCCAGUACCGCUACCUCGUAUUACCGAACGUUGGACAGUCCCUCGCAGUAGUUUCAUUUUCAAGAAGUCUCAAGAAAACUUCGAACGCAUCACCCUACGUCGCCUCAUCCAGAUUCGCGAUGGCAACCCGGAGACGGUGCAGUUAUGGCUGGCUUUUCUCCAAAAACACGCAUACUAUGGCAUUGGUAUGAAGGCCAACAUCUGGGACUUUGGCAAGCUAGGUGUAGGAAAGUCGAUGGAUGCCAUCUCCGAACACGCACUUGGGGCUAUCGAACCGAAGUGGGAACAACUGAGCCAGCUCAGAAGUCUGGACACGGUCGAGAAAGUUGAGGAGUUCCUGGCCACCUCGCGGUUUAAUACCGACAGUGGUAAGCGGGCGGAAGGACAGCGCCGCUUCGUAAAGGAACAGUUCAAAAGAGAAAAGAUGAUGAAGAGAAAAGAGGCUGAGUGA